AUGGCUGCCACAUUUUUCGCCGCCACUACUGAUAUUCUACUGGUGGGUAAAACAGGACAAGGCAAGAGCGCCACAGGGAACUCUAUCAUACGAACUGAAUCAUUUAACAGCUGUUUCUAUACAUCGUCUGUUACAGAGGGUGUCCAGGUCGAAAUGACCUUUUUCAGAGAUCGAAUUCUCAAGGUCGUUGACUGCCCUGGGAUUGGAGACACCCGCCUCAACAAGAGGGAAGACGCCCUCAAGUUUAUCGAAUCCAUCUCCCAGGCUAUGGCAAUCAACGUUAUAGGCUAUCACGCUAUGUUGUUUAUUGUAAGGUUCGGGAACAGAUUCACUAAGGAGGAAGUGUACGCGGCUGAGCUGUUUAAGACAACGUUUGGUCCAGAUUUUAUUGCCAAACAUGGGAUUAUCGUCAUGACAGGCGGAGACAACUUUGUUACAGAUCCUGGAGUCAGGAAGAGAAAUCUGAAAUUUGCAGACUGGGUGUCUGAACAGACGGAUCCUAACUUUACUGCUUUACUCCGUGAGAUGAACAAUAGGAUUGUGUUGUUUAAUAACAUCACAGAGGAUGAAGGUUUAAUAGACUCACAACUACAAGACUUAGUUGAGAUGAUUGACGAGCUACCUACAGAGGGAUUAAGGUACACGAACGAAGACUUCGAGUCAACUCAACAGCAGAGAGAACAUUUUAUUAAGCAAAUGCCAAGACCGUGUCUAAAUGAUGACCUGUUUCUAAAUAUAUGCACCCUGAAAAACAGUUUUCUGAGGCUCAAUUUGGAGACGUGCGACGAGCGAGAUUUGGUUUUAAAACUUGAGAGUUUGCGAGAUAACGCGGCCAAUUUAUGCGCGAGUGUCGUUGAUGCAGAUCAGAACACAGGUGCCCUACAAGCAGCCGUACAACUGGUCACGUGUGUCAAGGAAUCGAUUGAGGAACAGAUUAAACUAGUGCGUGCUAACUAUCAGGAGAAAAAACGUAACUUUUUCUCUAAACAAAACGAUGAUAAAUCAGAAGAAGCUGAACAAAGCUUUGAUGAAGGGGGCUUGAACGUAAUGGUGGUCGACAAACUCAAAAUUGAAAAAACAAACGAAACAAACGCAGGUGAUGAUGAAACUCCGGAUGUGAAGCCAAAAGCUAAGCCCGUCCCCCCACCCAAGCCGGCUAAGCUUUAUCUAAAAAUAGACACCAGUGGUAAAAAAUAUUACCGGGUCAAGGUCGAAAAGGAGGUGAGGAUACGAAUCGAGGAAAAGUUUUUUCUGCUAAACGAGGAUCAGAAGAAGUCAGGGGUGUUCGUCUCUUUGUUGAAUUUCGUGAGAAAUAAUUUGAGGAAACGCGUCGUAAUAAAUGUGUAA